GUUGCUGCUCCGCCAGCGCCGGCUGAGAGCGGGGGAGCGCGCGCGAGGGGAGCGCCGCGGAGCCCUCCGAGCGCCCGCACGCAGCGCCCGCCCCGGCCCCGCCGCCGCCCCCGGAGCCCCGCGCGUCCGGCGGACGGCGAUGCGGCGCGCGGCUCCCGGGCGCCGGAGGAGCCUAUGAACGGCGGCGCGGCGCCCCGUCGGCUCCCGGGCAGCGCAGCGCCGGGCGGCAGCGAGCGGAGAGGCGCGGGGUGAGCGCGGGCGGGCGCGGCGCGAUGUGAGCGGGGCGGCGGGGCAGCGGGCGGCCAUGCGCUUCUGAGCCGCGCAGGAUGUUCGGGCUGGAGCAGUUCGAGCCGCAGAUGAGCAGCCGGAGCGGCGGGCAGGGCGAGCGCGGCUUCGGGCAGCCCGGACUGAGCAUGAGCGCGCACUUCAAGGCGCCGGCCUUCCCCGGCGGCGGCCCGGCGGCCGCGGUGGACCCGGCCCUGGGCGCGCUGGGCGAGCCGCCCCUCCUCGGCAUGAACAUGAGCCUGCCCGGCGACGGCUACGGCUUCCCGGGCCGCGGCCCCGCCGAGCUGCACGGCGCCGGCAUGCAGCCGCCCGUGCACGGCUUCUUCGGCGGGCAGCAGCCGCACGGCGGCCACGGCGGCGCGCACCACCCGCACCAGCACCAGCACCAACACCAGCACCAGCCGCACUUCGGCGGCAACUUCGGGCCCGACCCCGGCGCCUCCUGCGUGCACGGCGGCCGCCUCCUGGGCUACAACGGCGCGCUGGGCGGGCAGACGGCGUUCGCCGACGGCUACGAGCACAUGGCCGAGAGCCAGGGCGCCGAGGGCUUCGGACAGCAGCGCGCCGGGAACCUGCCCGACUUCCAGCAGCACAGCGCCGGCGCCUCCGGACACGCCGUGCCGGCGCCCUGCCUGCCCCUCGACCAGUCCCCCAACCGCGCCGCCUCCUUCCACGGGCUGCCGGCGGCCGGCUCGUCCGAGCCGCACGGCCUGGAGCAGCGGCGGCUCCCCGCGCAGGACUCGCUGGAAUACAAUUACCCCGGCGACGGCCCCGCCGCGCACUUCGAGCUGCCGGUCUUCUCGCCGUCGGAGCCCGAGGGGCAGCUGCCGCACUACGGCGGCGGGCGGCAGGUGCCGGCGGGCGGCGGCUUCGCGGGGACGGCGCUGCCCCGGGCGCCGGGCAUGGCCGUGGCCAAGGCGCAGCCCCCUCCGCCGCCCCCGCCGCCGCCGCAGCAGCCGCAGCAGCAGCAGCACGGCGUUUUCUUCGAGCGCUUCGGGGGAGCGCGGAAGAUGCCCGCCAGCCUGGAGCCGGGGGCCAGCGCCAGGCACCCGCUGAUGCAGCAGCAGCAGCCGCAGCAGCCGCCGGGCUUGCUGGCCAGACAGAACUCCUGCCCGCCGGCCAUCCCUAGGCAACAGCAAACAGAAGCCAACGCUCCCAACCCCAACUUGCAGGACAAUGGGCCGAUAAUGCAGAACCAGCACGCACAGUUUGAAUACCCUAUUCACAGACUGGAGAACAGGAAUAUGCAUCCCUACGCCGACCCCGUGUUUAAUAUGCAGCACCCUCCUCCGCAACAGCCACCAAAUCAAAGACUGCAGCACUUCGAUGCCCCCUACGUGAGCGUCGCCAAGCGGCCGCGCUUCGACUUCCCCGGCAACCCCGGCGUCGAGCGCUGCGCCUCCUGGGCCGGCGGCAUGCACGGCCCAGCCAUGGAGAGCCACCUCUCCCCGACGGCCUACCCGGGGCUGCCGGGCGACUUCACCCCGCCGGCGCCCGACGCCUUCGGGGGGCCGCUGCCGCACGGCGGCCCCGAGCACCCGGCGCUGGCGCAGCGCCAGAACGCGGCCCUGGUGAUGAAGCAGAUGGCCUCGCGCAGCCAGCAGCGCCUGCGGCCGCCCAGCCUGCAGCAGCUGGGGCACCACGGCGAGGUGGGCCCGCCCGGCUCCCUGCCGCCGCCCGGCUUCGAGCGCGAGGCCGCCGCCGCCGCCCGCGGCUUCGACGCCCCCGCGCCGCACCUGGCGCCCGACGGCACGUGGUUCGCGGGGCCGCCGCCGCCCGGGGAGCUGCUGCCGCGGCGCAUGGCGGGGCCGGGGCUGCCGGCCGAGGCGGCCCCCCACGAGCUGGGCCUGCAGCCGGGCGGCGCGGCCGUGCUCUUCCGGCCGGGCGCCGGCGCGCUGGGGCUGCAGGAGCCGCUGCGGAUGGCGGGCGAAGGCCCGGCGCAGGCCCUGCCCUCGCCCGGCGUCCACCCGCCCUUCGCGCCCGCCGUGGGCGGCCUCUCGCAGCUGCAGUCCCCGGGCGGCGGCGUGGCCCUGCCCAGCGCUCCGGCCGAGCGCCGCGGCCCCGCCGACUUCGCGGCCCAGCCCGGCUUCCCCUUCGGGGCGGCGGCGCGGCAGCCCCCGGCGCACGGCAACGCGCCCGCCCUCAGCGCCUCGCCCGGGGCCUACCCGCCGCCCCCGCCCGAGUUCCCCCCGCCGCCGCCGCCGCCGCGGCCCGCCGCCAGCAAGCUGGGCGCGCUGUCUCUGGGCUCCUUCAGCAAGCCGGCCGGCAAGGACAACGUCUUCGGACAGAGCUGCCUGGCCGCCCUCUCCACCGCCUGCCAGAACAUGAUCGCCAGCCUGGGCGCCCCCAACCUCAACGUCACCUUCAACAAGAAGAGCCCGGCCGAGGCCAAGCGCAAGCUGAGCCAGGCCGAGCCCGACCCGCCGCCGCCCGCCGCCCCGGACUACUUCCCGGCGGGGCCGACGGCGGGCGGGGGCGCGGGCAAGGCCGCCCCGCUGCUGCCCGCCGAGAGCAGCCUCUCGCCCGGCUUCGCGCUGGAGCCGGCGGCCGGCGGCGAGGGGAAGGCGGGCGGCGGGCGGGGGCGGGGCCGCCGGAAACGGGACAGCGGGCACGUCAGCCCCGGCACCUUCUUUGAGAAGUUCUCGGCCGCGGAGGGCGGCGGGGCGGGCGUCAGCCCGGGGCAACCGGCGCCUCCGGCCGCGGGGGGGCCGCCGGGGGCCGCGGGCGCGGAGCGCGGCGGGGGCACGCCCCACGAUAAGCCCCUGACCUCGCCCUCCUGGGGCAAGGGCGGCGAGCUGCUGCUGGGCGAGCAGCCCGACCUCAUGUCCUCGCUGGACAGCGGCAUCCAGAGCGUGACCAAGUCGGACGGCAGCUCCCCGCACGUGGACUUUGCCGACGAGGUCAGCACCAGCUACGGCAACGAAGACGAGGUGUCCUCCAGCUCCGACAACGCCGGCCCCAAGCCCACGCGCAGCCCGCUGCUGGGCGGCUCGCCCAAGCUGCCCCGCGGGGAGCACGCGCUGCUCAACGGACAGAAGCCCCUGGCCCUCGGCCUCCUCAAUACAUCUACCUCGACCCCCGACAGCUACGGGCUCAGCAGCACGGCGGGCGCGCACCCCGGCACGCCGGGCAUGGAGCAGGUGCGGACCCCCACCAGCACCUCGGCCCAGGACGAGAUCCACCCCCUGGAGAUCCUGCAGGCGCAGAUCCAGCUCCAGCGGCAGCAGUUCAGCAUCUCGGAAGACCAACCCCUGGGGCUGAAGAGCAAAAAGGGGGAGUGCGCGGGGCAGAAUGGGGACAGUGACCUGGGCGGGUGUUGCCCGGAGGGCGUCAAGAACACCAUGAGCACCAUCGACCUGGACUCCCUGAUGGCGGAGCACAACUCCACCUGGUACCUGCCCGGCGAGAAGGCCCUGAUGGAGGGGCAGGAGGAGGACAAGCCCAUGGCGCCGUGGGAGAAGCCCAAGCCCCCGAACCCCAGCAAAGAAGCCCACGACCUUCCCCCGAGCAAGACGUCGGCCACGGCGCAGACUGGCAGCCACUUGCAGUGCCUCUCGGUGCACUGCACGGACGACGUGGGCGAAGCGAAGGGCCGGACUGCGGUGCCGACAUGGAGGUCCCUGCACUCGGACAUCUCCAACAGAUUUGGGACUUUUGUGGCCGCCCUGACUUGAACAAAAGAAAUUAUUUUUUUUCUCUUUUUAAUUUCAAAGGGCCGCUACUGCUAGGUGGACUAUUUUUCUAGGUUGGUACCUGCUUAGUGGCAUAUGGACUGGAAAGGGUUAAUUUAAAGUAAACCUCAACUUUUUUUUUAAUCUUCUGCCACAGUAUGUUACCAGUGUUAACCCUUCUGCAGUUAGCACACUUUUGCUUAAGAUUUUCCUGCUAGACCACUUUUUUUUUCCCCCCAUUAUUCUGUAAUCUUGGCAUACAUUUAUAGAUGAAGCCUUUUCCUUUCAUCUCAGCGUAUGUCCAAGUCACGUAUGUCAUAAUAAGACAAAGAUGCUACUUCUCCUCCUCCUCCUCCUUUUCUUCUUCAUUGCUUUUUUUUUUUUCCUUUUGAUUUGCUUUGCUCAGUGCUUAUUACGAUGGUUCAUCCUGAAGAACAGCAGUUCAGGAAUAAAUGCCGGUUAAAUGAAAUGGUCAUCAUGAUGUUAUGUAUUGACACCCAGCUUUUGCCAGUCCCGUACAAACCAAACGAUGAAUGCUCUCUUGAACGUACAGGCGGCGAUCCUUUCCUCAGAACGUGAAGGUUUGUUAUGAAUAAUGCUCAGCCUGCACCUCCCUCCCUCGUUUUGCUCCCCAUCUCUCUGUGAGGUGAGGACAGAGGUUUGUUUGUUUGCCUUUGUGAAACACAGAUACGGAGCUCUGUCAUGACUGGGCUGGUUCGGGCAUGGCCUGGGAAGGUACACAGAUGAUUCCCUAAAUAGCUCUAACAGGAAGUUUACCUAAUAAUGAAUAGUCGUUAUCCUCUACCAAACACCCAGGCUGCAGCAGCAUUUUCUUCCUCUGCCCUCUCGCUUUGAGGAGCGAGGGGUGCGCGUGCUCCCAGGCGUGCUGUGUUCCUGGUGGUGUUCCCAGAGCUGUCAUUUUAUUUUAUAACUGCUGGAGAAAAAAAAAAAAACAAUCCCCCCCAAAGGCACUCAGCCCCUUCUGCGUUGCUCAUAGCCUGCAGAGCAGUAUCCUGGCCCAAGGAGUGUGCUCUGCUGUGGGGCUGGGCUGCAGCAGUGCCCUCUGCGAGGUCAGGCCUGGGCCCAGCAUCCAGCUGGUGUUCACAAAGUCGCUGCAAGGCUGCACUGCAGCACAGCUCCCAUUGUUUUCCCCCUGUUUUAGCUGAAGGAAGAUGCUGUUGAUCAGAGGUGUGAUGCUCUUGUCUGUGGGAGCUGCCUUAGCUCCCAUGGCAGCUGUCCCAGUGUGGUCACAGUAGGUGGAUGGUUGGAGACAGCCUGCACCGAGGGGCUGCGUGCCCGAGGUCAGCGCUUCCUGAUCUGCCAGGACAGGGAGAGACCCCAGCUUAGACCCUUCCAAACUUAGGCUGGGCUCCAUUUUUUGCCAUGCAUGUGAAGAACGCUGUUAUUAGAUGAACACAAUAAAAGGAAAACCACGCUUUCCUGGUCUCGGUAGAUAAUACUCAUUGGAGAAGAAAGCUGGAAGCAAACCAGAUAAAAACACAAACGACACGAUGAUCUGACACUCCUGUGGCUUUACGUAACGCUGUCUAUUAUUUGUGUAUCCUCUGUUUACAGGGAGUGUGAGCAGUCCCACCCUUGCUCAGGCCAGCCUGGCUUCCUCUGCUCCCCAAAGCUCGGUAGCAUCGCUGGGGAGUUACGUUUUUGCUAUGAAAUAAGAGUCAGCCUCUCUAGAGUUAUUUAUUACUUCUCUCAUCAAUUCACAAAACGUGUCCCUUCUCAAGGGAUGGAAUUUGAAGACUGCUUUGUAUUUUUAGAUGAUUGUGCCGGGCCUUUAAUUAUUUUGAAGUCUGGCUCUCAGUAGACAUCAAUGGGGAGGGAACUCUGCCUACAAUGCUAAUGGCCACAGCACUGUCUGAAAUUCUCACUCUUGAUCGUAUGCGGCUUCAGAACGAUUUCACAGUGUUUUAGAAGGCAGAAUUUCUUGUUAUUUGAAUGUGCUCUUAUUAACCAUGCAUGGAUUGAUUUCCCGUUACGAUUGUGGUCAGUGACUUUGGAAAAAAGGGAGGGUUUGGGACCUUGAUUUUUCACCAUUAUUGUACUUUUUAUUGAAGCUGGAGCUGUCACUGGGGUGAGGAUUUUUGCCUAUCCCGAAGCAAUUGACUGGAGCCACCUCACACACGCUUGGUUUGGAACCAAAAGAUGCCAUGUUUUGUACCUUCUGUAGGUCUAUGCUACUGAAAGCUUGGAGCUUUUCCCUGGACCUGCAAUAAAAUAUCUCCAGGUUGAAUUGCAGUUAUCAUUGGCCACUCCGGAAGACGUGAUUUGUUAAGUCCCAGUUAACCAAAAUACGUGCUUAACUUUAAAUGCAGUCUAGCAAGUCACUUAAGGAUAUGCUGAACCAAGUGAGACUUCUGUAUCCAGUGAAGCGUGGGGUGAGUGCUUGGGUGGAUUAGGGCCUCAGUUCUCAUCUUUUCAUUUUAGCUUAUACUUGUUCAAGCUAGGUGUGUCUUGGAGUAAACCCAGCAAAGCACAUGCCUGGACAUAUGAUACUGUCUUUCAGCUCUUACAGCUGAAAAUUUAGGAAGAGUUCAUGGUCUGAUGGCAUUCCUGUACCAUCGCUCAGGCCUGAUGGCUUGCUUCUUUGUUUUUAGUUUUUCCUGCUGCGUUCAGAACAGGUUUUUCAGGCUUCCUCAGGUCAGGGAUGCACACCCUGUGCUACCAGGAAGAGACCUUUCAAUGAAUGCUGGAUCAAACGCUUCAAAUCUCUUUUAAAGAGAAAUCCUCCUGUAAGUAGAAACUCAUUGAUUCCAUUGGUCUUCAGCAUCCUUCCUUUCUGGUUUGCUCUCUGCAGCUCUGCUUCUAUCCUGGAGUUGUUCUCGUUCCUUGGGGUCUUCUUUUUUCACUUGGUUGUAGGAAUACAAAUUGGAAACAAGCCCAUAAAAACAGCAGAAUCGUGAGGGUUUUAAACCAUAAGAGAUGAGGAGAGGAUGGGGUCUCUGUGCAGUGGGAGCAGCAGGCAGAUGGGAUUUGCAGGUAGUGAGGAGUUAGAAAGAGUGGUCAACCUUCCUCUGGGCCUUACUGUCCGUAUUGCUUUGCUAAAUAAAAUGGUUCCGUGCAGUCCUGUUGCUAACCUUCUGUACGUUCAGUCUUGCUAAACUCAAGUGGCAUUACCGACAGAGCAAAAGGAGGAGGUGGCAGCUCUACUGGGGCAGAUGUCAGCAGUGCCAGUGCUGCUGUGCACUUCUAUGGAUUUCUUCUUGCCAAAGCUCAGAACAGAAUCGGUACAUAUGCUGACCAGGAUGAGGAUAAUUUCAUGCCCGUAGCCUGGUGUGUUUGGUACAGACAGCACAUGCUGGAGUAAUACCAGCGUAGCUAAAAUAAUGGCUUCAUAUUUAAGAGGGCUGCUCUGAAAGUAAUGCCUCCAGUUCCAUGAUGUUGGCCCGUGCCAUCAGAGGCGGGUGUCGGUAUGGCAGGAGAGGUUGAACCUUCCACCAAUAUCCCGUUAAUUCUGCUGCUGUGUGACAGAUGGCAGCAGAGGGGCAGCCUGACAAAUGACGUCUGACAUGGAAGUGCAGACGAAGCAAAGCUGUGGAAUGGAAUUCCUCCAUGUGGAAAAAAAUGGCCCCCAUUGGCAUUCAGUGAUGCUUGCUGAACGUUUAUGGAGACUCAGCAGUGGAUGUGAGCACAGUGAGGAGUGGGCGGUGCGUUUCAGCUAUGAUCACAGUGGUCACCUCUGCUGGCGAUGAGAUGUUGAUGAGCAUGGCAUGCAGAUUCUUGCUCAUCGCUAGCAAAUAUGCCCUGCAAAUGGUGGUGCCCUUGUUCAAAAAACAGUAUUUAGAAGUUGAGAAUUUUCUCCAUCAGAUAGUGCGCAUCUGUUGUAGUUUCCAUGGGAAUAAAUAGGAGGGAUUACUUUCAGAGCAGCCUUUGUAUUCUGAAAUAACUUUUCUGCCCUGCCCAGCAUCACACAGACCUGUGCUGUAGGAGCUGCCUGAGGUGGGAGGUUGGCAGCUGCCCAUCACCUGGUUCUUGGCCUUGGAGACUCCAUUUCCUCCUGGCCCCGUCUGCUGGUCCUUCUUGGUGUAUGCUGAAAGAAAGUCUGUACUUAAACUUGAAGCUUGGUAGCAAAUUGAGAAAUGCAUCUUUUGCAUUUUAAUAGCAAGGAGUGAUGACUUUUGGCCAAAAAAAAAAAAAAAAAAGGCCGGGAUAGGCCUUAUUUAUGAAAUACUCCCAAGAAUUUUCUCCAGUCUCUUUUUUCACGGGGUUAAUAAGUUCUCUGCUAUCGCAGUUCAGUUGUUAGAGCCUCAGCGAGAGAAGGACUAGGCUCGUUUUUAUUUAGUUAUGGGGAAUGUCAUCGAAAAGGUAAGGUGUGUUUGGGUGGGAAGGAAUGAACCUCGAAGCCAUCAGGGCCAUUUUGAGGGCCCUUUCUUGGAUACUGCUUUCAGACGUGGUCAGUCUGAGGCCGGUUGGCCCUUUCAGUGCAGGAGAUCAGUCCCACAGCUCCCGGGCACCACCGGCAAGGCCAAAUGUUGACGUGUUCCUUAAAGAAGGGAGGCAUGACAUGACCCCAGGAGGCUGGAGCACGGCGUGUUGGCUGUGCUGUUGGGAGGGAGGGAGGAGGUGGGCGAUGGGUGGGGAAGGCAGACAAAAAAAAUCCCCAAAAUUGGUACAUUUGGAGUAUUAUUUUGAAGCUGCAGUGUGAGGUUGUCUGAAAUGCUGGAUUCACAGCUGUUCGAUGGAUGGUGUAUAAGAGCAUAACCCAUUUUUAUAGAAUUGUUUCUCCUUUAUUGCUUAAGGCUAAUGGAGGAAAUAGUCUAAUUUUGUCUUAGAAAUUCUCUAUUAAAAUUGUUGGUUUGAGUCCAUCCGCUCAUAGAUUCUGACUGAUGAAACUGCAGGCUGUGAUAUCCGGCAGUUAUAACUUUAUCACUAUUCACUACCCAAGAAUAUUACGGCUUUAAAACAGCCUUAAGCAAAAGGAUGUGAUUUCUUUAUACCGAAUUUGGAUCAUGGAAAAGGAGAAAAAAAAAAACAAAAAACAAAAAACCCAACCAUAAAUAAAAAUCAAAACACUGGUAAUCCGUACUGCAUAGCAAACUCUUCUGAAAGAUGUUAUUGCACAUGUAAAAUAUGGAAACUUGACUCUGCUGUGUGUUAGGCAAUCCUGUACUCUUUUUUUUUCCUUCCUCUUUGGUUUUUUUUUUUGUUUUGGGAUUCUUGUUAAAUUCAUUUCUUAAAUGCUUGGUUGGAAGACUGUGACAAUAGCUCAUGAAAUUGAGUGUUAUUUUUCUUUCUUUUUUUUUUUAAUAUGUAAAGUGCAGUCUUCUGUAUUCAUGCAUAUUGUACAUAUCUGUAUAUGUUUUACUGAGCAACUAAAUAACAAUAAAUAUGAUGUUAAUGGUG